AUGCCAGAAGAGAAGAUUAGGUUAACCCAACUGGCUGACGAUGAUGAAGUUGUUUCGUUUGAGAGAAACGAGAAUAGCACCAUCGUGGGAAACAGUAAGAAAAUAGACAACAAGAAUAAAGAAAACAUCAUGUCAGACCACACGACACAAAAGAAGAGCAACAACAAGAACAACAACAAGAACAAGAACAAGAACAAGAACACACAUAGGGAAAAGAAGAGCAACAGCAACCAAGAAAAAGAUGUCACUGAACUGAAAAGUAAGAUCAAAGGCAAGAACAUCCGACAGAACGACAUCAAUGCAAAAAGUGCAACUGAAGACGAGACCAGUAACGACAACGAGACCAAAGACAGUGAUAACAGUAAUGACGAAUUCAACGAUGACAGCAAGAGGCGAUGCAGCAAACUUCCAAAAUUCAAACUACGGUGGAUUCUAAACCGACGCUGGUCCAAGGGUUUAUACUGGUUUGUUGACAAGAUAUUGAAAAAGGCCGUCUGGAUUUUCCUUCUUGUGAUGUGCAUUCUUAAAGUUGUUAUGCUAUCGCUGGGUAAAAUAUCUAACCCAUUGGAUCUAGAAGAACAUGUCGUUCACAGCUUGCAUUUGACGAGUGCUGAAAGAAUCUGCUACUUGAUUAUUAGUUUGUUGAGCUUAUUAUUCAACUGUGCUUUGUUGGGCAUUUGGUGGUCAACUAACAUUUCCUCGGUUUAUUUGUUGUUUGCAUCCAUAAAUUUUAUUCAAAUUUUAAUCAGCAUUGCCCUUAUUCAAAUCAAUCUCGACUUGAUUAACCUUUCACAAGAUCGUUUUGCAAAGAGGAUACACAACUUGUUCAUCCUUAGCAAUGCGUUUGCCAUCGCCCAAAGUAUUAUGGGUGAGACAGUCACUUUGCUUAUCAAUGACAAGAACAGAUUGAGCCCAUUGAUUGGAAGAUUAAUUUUCGCUUAUGAUUUAUUGAUAUUCUUUAUUGCUUUACUAUACAUUGCAUGCACUGCGAUAGCUAGUGUCAAAUUUGAUUACAGACCAGUGCAAACCUUGAAUGAAGUUCCUGUUAGUGUACCAAUUUUGUUUGGGUGUGGUUUGGGGAUAAUGAUUUUGGAGUUUUUGUGUACGAGAUACUUUCGUUUAAGAACAAUGACUGCGCACUACGAAGUUGAAGAGUACGACUUGUGUGGAUUGUCACCACACCAGAAAAAGGGAUGGAGUAAGUUGAUUGACUUGAAUAGAAAGUACAAUUCUGGAGUUUCUGGUGACAAUGUCAUUUCCUUGAUGGAGAAUUAUGUUCAUGCAGAUUUACCUGGCAUGAAAUGCAAAGUAUUGCGGGUAUUCAACAAAAGCGAGCAAACAAUACAGCAGGAGCAACAAAAGAGGCCCCUUUCACAAGCAAUACGGUCGCUAAAUGAAAAACAAGAUGAAAAGAGUGCUUUUCACAGUGCAAGUAGAUACAAGUCUCGGGACUCUGAUGUUACUAGAUACAGUUUUGAUCACGAGGGGGGCAAAAGUGACAAGAGCAAGAUGUAUCGAGCUUUUGAUGAAUUGGACCAGGAGUCCUUGUUGUUUGCCAAUGCGCCUACAUUACACAGUUUUGAUGAGUCAAUGCAUGACUUGGGGGAACAAUUCAAACCUUUGAGCAAAAAUCAAUUGAAGAAAUUGGCCAAAAAGAACAAAAAGGACAAAGCUGCUUUGGAGUUACAAGCAUUGGAGAACAAUACUGAAAAGUUUUACCAAGAGUUGAUGAACACGCAAGCACUUGUAUUGUUGACUAUUGUUGAGGAGUUUGAUUUGAGUGAACGUAUUCCUGGAUGGGUUGGUAAGAAAAUCAACAAGUGGUUUGGCAAAAACUCAAAGCUCCCCUUGUUGUGUAUCAAGUUUGGUUUAUUAGGAUUCCAUUGGCCCUUCAAGAGAUCGACGUUUUAUUGUUCAUCGACAAAAAAGCCCAUUGCUAGGAGUGCCAGUGUGUUGUAUGCCAUUUCAGAAUGGAACAAGAACAAUGAGAAAUGUACUGUCUUAUUAGACCCCAUAUACAAAGAUGCCACUUAUGAAGCCGGCGUCGAUUACUCUGGAUGGGUCAAGAUUAAUUUGCCAAAUAGUCAUAUUAUUGAUUUGCGUCCUUUCCACAACCAAACAAGUACUGAUUAUUUCAAGGCUAUCAAAUAUAGAAAUCAAGACAAUGCAUUCAAACAAGCCAAGGGACAAGUUAUCGAAUCAAACACUUUUAACUUUGAGAAUUGUCAGGAAAUCAUUGUUAUGAAUGACCAUAUUGCCAAUAGCCGUCAGCUGAAUGGACAAUCAUCGCAACUACUCCACCCAGAUUGGGAGUUUAUUUACAAUUUGGGUAACUACUGCAAUGAAAAGAAGUAUAGGUCGUUGCUUUUCCUUAAAGUUGAUGAUGAGAUUGUCGCCUCGUGUGUUAUUUUCCGGUUGGGUGAAACAAUGACGUCUGAUAUUCAAGGCUUGAAUCAUGAGAUUAGCAAGAAGUACAAGGCAUAUUUCGUCAUGAUGCAAGAAGUGAUCAAGAUGGGGUUGCGUGAAAAUGUGUCGUUUAUUGACUUUGGCCCAACUACGGAGGAAGCUAAAGUGGCUAUUGGAUGCAGUGUUGUGCCAUUGAUGGGAUCCAUCUAUCCAAAGAGUAAAUUCAUGGGUCCUAUAAUUAAGUUUGCUGCUAGUAAGGUAGACUUGCUCAACUCAAGUAGUAGUGGCAGUGGCAGUGGCACCACCACCACCACCACCACACACUCCAAAGGCAACAACAACAACAUCCCGCGAGAAAAGAAGGUUGAAUUCCUAGUCAAGGCUGUGAUUCGAUACGCAAUAGUCACAUUUUGGUGGAUCUUGUUUACGCAAUGGUGUUUUGGGUUGCCUAUAAUGGACAAGAUAUUUGUGCUCACCGGUGGAGUUUGUGUCCUUGAACCAAACCCCACAUCGGGCCAAGAUGCACGUCCAUUGGCUAUAGCCAACCACGAAUUGGGUCAACUGUUUUUACAAGAUUUGGAAACUUUUGUAUGGAAGAGUCACCAAGUGUCCUCAUACCAUUGUCGCAAGUUUAAAGGAUCAUGGUCAGGUGGGUAUGAUCCUAGUGGGCACGUAUUUCUAAUGAUUCAUUCAUCGAUUUACUUGUUUUUUGAAAGUGCCAAUUGGUUCCAAUUGCAAGAUUUGGUAAAUGUCGUUACGUUGAUUAAGAAAAGUGUGCGUGAACGUGGGUAUUUUGAACGUUACAAGUUUCAAGUGUUGCAAGGCGUUGCACAGCUCAUGUUGGUGGGGUUGGUUUCGUUAUGGUGGUUUAUGUUGUUGAUGACGAAUGUAUAUUUCCAUUCGAUUCUUGAAAAGUUGUCUGGUUUGGCGUUUGGAUAUUUUGGAGUUCUUGUGGUGUAUGUAUUGCCUAGAUGGUUUAGUUAG